AUGGCCGUCGACACAAUGGAGAUCGACUCAAGCCCCAUCCUCGCGGGAGUUACGGAGACUGAAAAGGAGCGCAAGCGCAAAAACAAGCACAAGGACGAAGCAUCAUCUCCAUCAAAAAAGAAGCGCAAGCAAGAAAAGGCCGAAAAGGCCGACAAGAAAUCCAAGAAAGAUAAAUCUUCAAAGAAGAGCAGAGACAAGACACCGGCAGCGGCAUCAAUUCCCGAUUCUCCAUACUCUCUCACUACCGCAACGCUCUAUCUGCCUCUCUCGCCCAUCUCAAUCUCUCCAACGCAUGCACUCGCCUCCUUACUAGCAGAGCACCUCUCCCCUCUGCUCCUUACAUACUACCCGCCGCUCGAGGGUAUCGUACUCGCCUACUCCAAUGCGUCGAUAUCAAGCGAACCACCUUCGUCCUCCUCACCCUCAUCCUCGACAUCUCUAAACCCGCAGCCACUAACCCUAGCCGCCUCUGCCGGCGAAUACGGCGUCAUGUACGUCUACCUCACAGCGACGUUCCUCGUCUUCCGCCCGCAGCGCGGCCAGACCCUCGAGGGCUGGGUCAACGUGCAGUCCGAGGGCUUCCUGGGCGCUGUCGUCCUCAACCUCUUCUCCGUGGGCAUCGAGCGGAAACGCCUCCCUCGGACCUGGAAAUGGAUCCCACCAGGCGAAGAGGACUACGCCGAGGACAGCGGACCGACAUCAAAUAAUACCUCCGCACAGACAUCCGAGGAUGAAGAUGACGAAAAGACCUCGAAUUCUCCACCUUUCGACCCCGCAAAGGAGCACUUUAACCCUGUUCCCACGGCCUCUGACUCGAACCCGUUCGCAUCCGACACUCCAGACCAGGACCAGGAUGCUAUCGAUGCUGGUACAGCCGAGCGAGGAGGAGAAGGCAGCGACGAAGACACGUAUGAAGGCUACUUCCAGUCUAUCUCCGGUCACCGGGUCCGCGGGACAGUGAAGUUCCGCGUCGUCGAUAUCGACGUCAUCCCCGGGUCAGAGCGGGAUCGUGGAUUUUUGAGUAUAGAAGGGACGAUGCUUUCCGAAGACGAGGAAGCGAAGGUCGUUGAGGAUGAGAGGAACGGGGUCCUUCCAGCAUCGAGUACGCCUGCGGUAAGGAAAAUGACAGUGCCCGUGUCGUCGGGGGGAAUCAUUGUCCCACAGAUGGAGGAUGUGAUCUUGGAGACUCCGAGUAAGAAGUCGAAGAAGGCUAAGAAAUAA